AUGCCCCCCGCCGCAGUCGAAACCAUCCCUCCCGAACCCAUCAAGACCAAGCCCGCCGUCCCAAAUGGCACCGCCACCGCCACCUCCGCCCCCUCCUCGUUCGCUCCCCGCUCCACCCCCUACACCGUCCUCGAGCAACCCAGCCGCACGGGCCGCAAACUGCGCGUCAUCGUCAUCGGCGCCGGCGCCAGCGCGCUCAACUUCGCCCACGACAUCGACACGUCCCCGUCUCUAGACGUCGACCUGGUGUGCUACGAGAAAAACGCCGAGAUAGGCGGGACGUGGUUCGAGAACAAGUACCCGGGCUGCGCGUGCGACAUUCCGUCCGUGCUGUACCAGUAUUCGUGGGCGCCGUCGGCGGAGUGGUCGUCGUAUUACUCGCGAGCCCCGGAGAUCCUAGCGUAUUUUAAGAAGGUCGCGGAGGAUUAUGGGCUGCUGAAGUACGUGCGGCUGAGCCACACGGUCGUCGGCGCGGCGUGGGAUGAGGGCGAGCAGCAGUGGCGCGUGCGGGUCCAGCGCGGCGCGGAUGCGGACGAUGUGAUUGAGGAUAAGGCGCAUGUCCUGGUCAAUGCUAGUGGGGUGUUGAACAAGUGGAAAUGGCCCGCGAUCAAGGGACGGGAGACGUUCAAGGGCCCCAUGCUGCAUAGUGCGGCUUGGGAUGAUCGGAUUGACUUGGCGGGCAAGCGUGUUGCCGUUAUUGGGGGCGGGUCGUCUGCCGUGCAGAUUGUGCCGAAUAUCCAGCCUGCUGUGAAAUCGCUGUCGUGUUUUAUCAGGAGCACAUCUUGGGUCACGGCUGGCUUUGGUCAGAGGUACGCGGGGAAGGAUGGAGCAAACUUCAACUACACGGAAGAGCAGAAGGAAGUUCUUCGGAAGGACCCGAAGAAGUACUUGACUUACAGGAAGACCAUCGAGUCCGAGCUCAACUCCCGUUUCAAGUUCAUCAUUAACGGCUCAAAAGAACAAGCCGAUGCCAGAGCAUUCGCAGAGAAGGAGAUGCGGCGCAAGCUCAGCGCCAAACCAGAGAUCGCAGACAUGAUCGUCCCAACAGACUUCGCAGUCGGCUGCCGCAGGCCCACUCCCGGAAACGGCUACCUCGAGGCGCUCUGCGAAGACAACGUCACCGUCGUCUCGCAAUCCAUCCAUGAAAUCACCGAGAAAGGCAUCAAAACCGCCGACGGCGUCGAGCACGAGUUCGACAUCAUCGUCUGCGCCACCGGCUUCGACGUGUCCUGGCGGCCCAAGUACCCCACCAUCGGCCGCGGCGGCCGCAGUCUCAGCGAAGAGUGGAAGGACAUCCCCAACACCUACUUAUCCAUAUCCGUCCCGCACUUCCCCAACUACCUGAUCUUCAACGGCCCCUUCGGCCCCUACGGCCACGGCAGCUUCCUGCCCAUCACCGAAGUCCUCUCGCGGCACUUCAUCCAGAUGCUAGAGAAGAUGUCGAUCGAGUACCUGACGUCCUUCGCGCCGACGGAAGCCGCGGUGGCCGACUUCGCCGAGCACAGACGCGUCUUCCUGCCGCGCACGGCGUGGACGUCGCCGUGCCGGUCGUGGUUCAAGCAGGGCACCGUCGACGGCGAGGUCAUGAUGUGGCCGGGGUCGCGGACGCACUUCUUCGAGAGCAUGAAGGCGCCGCGCUGGGAGGACUACGAGCUGAAGUACGCGGACCGGAACAGGUUUUAUUAUCUCGGAAACGGCUUUGCGGCGAGGGAGGUGGAUGGGAGGGAUAUUACGUGGUAUUUGGGCUUGUUGGAUUGUGGGGAUGUGCAGCCGCAGUUUUCGGAUGAUGAUAUUCGGAUAUUUAUGGCGCAGUAG